AUGGAAGAAGAGUUUCAAUCAACCUUGCGUUCAUCUCCAUCAUUUGAAAUAUACAACAAAUCUCAUCAUCAUGAAGAUAAUGAACAAGUUUUGAAAAGAACCGUUUUGAGUUUAGAAACCAUUGGUAGUGAUGAGUUCAGCUUUGAAAGGGGCACAAUGGAUUUGAUUGAAGAAGCUGAGAAUGAUUGGUCAACUGAGAUUCAGAACUUGAAUAUUAAUGAUGAUGAAGAUGUUCAACCUUCUACUCCUCCUAUGUAUCUUGCAACAGGACUUGGAGUUGAUGGUGCUGAUAAUAAUGAUAUGUUGUUUGUUCCCAGUUUGCAAGAAAGUGAGGAUCUUCAAGAGUAUUACAAGAGAAUGGUUCAUGAGUAUCCCUCUCACCCUUUGAUUCUGAAAAAAUAUGCACACUUUUUACAAGGUAAGGGGGAACUUCAAGAUGCAGAGGAGUACUUUCAUCGCGCUACUCAAGCUGAUCCUAAUGAUGGCGAAAUCUUGAUGCACUAUGCGAAGCUGGUGUGGGAGAGUCAUCGUGACAGAGAUAGAGCAUCUCUCAAUUUUGAACGUGCAGCUCAAGUUUCGCCUCAAGACAGCGAUGUUCUUGCAGCAUAUGCUAGUUUUCUCUGGGAAACAGAAGAUGAUGAGAAUGAAGAUGGAAAUCGUCAAACCCAGAAUGACAUGGAUGUCAAGACCUCAAAAGAAGAAAAUGGUGUAGAAAAUCUUACACCUAAGUUAAAUGAAGACAUAAACGAUGCGGAUUAUCUAAAGAAGAUGAUUGAUGAGAAUCCUAAAAAUCCUUUAUUUCUAAAAAAGUAUGCUCAGUUUCUGUUUCAGACAAAGAAAGAUCUUGAAGCAGCAGAGGGCUACUACUCAAGAGCAGUCUCAGCCGAUCCAAGCAACGGUGAAACCAUAUCAGAAUAUGCUAAACUACAGUGGGAACUUCAUCAUGAUCAGGAAAAAGUCUUGUCUUUGUUUGAACAAGCAGUUCAAGCUACCCCUGAAGAUAGCAAUGUUCUUGCAGCAUAUACAUGCUUUCUUUGGGAGACAGAGGACGGCGAAAGCUGA